GUCCUGAAUUAUUUUCCUAAAGGCAUACAUAUGUAACAAAUGUGAAGACGAGAUAUGGUUUGCUAUGUACUUUGAACCAAUCAUGAUAUAAAACAGAUAAAUACAGUUCAGAUAAAAUACAGUUUGACGCGCGGUGAGAUAAUCUUUGCUAAUAAAUUUACGAAACAAGCACAAGCGGAAAAUUUACCAUUUCUUAUGCGAGAAUUUUCUUCUUAUGCAGUGACUUCCUGGCUGUUUUCUCUGCUUUUAAAUUCUUGAUAAACUUGCGACUUGAGCAAUCAAGUGAUCUUAAGUACAACCGACGUUAGGUGAGUUUUUGAUUAAACUAAAUCUUACCCGAACAAUUUAUAACGUAACACACGUAACUUUUCUUACGAGCAUCCUCCUGUCAAGUGAACAAGUUCUUUUGAUAUGAAGAGUAAAAUUUAACGAGCUCUCUGUUUACUUACAGUUACAUAUUAAAUUAUACGUUACAGUCACCUCGCGCAAUGUUUGAAAGGCUGGAACUAAGCGGCGGAAGAUUCGCUGAGGCACUGCCGCCGGAGCAGCAGACGCAGUACAGCAAGGAUUUCACCGGGAACGUCAGCAAAAUUUUCAGGAUUAACCCAUGUGGCACAAUUGUUCCGGAAGGAAUCAAGUACUAUGAGGAAGACAUCUACAACUUCAAGUUUCGUCCAGACGACGUCUUGGUAAUGUCGUACCCCAAAUGUGGCACCACGUGGCUUCAGGAGAUAAUCUGGAACAUGAGAAACAACCCCGAUCUCGAUCACCAAAAUCCCGAAGAGCCUCUCUUGGCUCGGAGUCCCGUUAUAGAGACGGACAUGGCGCUGCACGACUACAUGCUUACCACAUCCGUCGAAAAGUACUUAGACGAACCCAUGUUCAGCACGUUCAAGACUCGCUGCCCUAACUUGGAUCCCAAGCGUGGAAUUCAUCUUCAAAUGGCAGAAUCAUUAACGGAGCCUCGUACUCUUAAGACGCACUUGCCCCCAUCCUGCUUCCAGCCUGGCCUGAUCAACAAAUGCAAGGUGGUUCUUAUCGUUCGGCACCCGAAAGAUGUGGUGUUAUCGUUCCAGCAUCAUUGCCGCCUUCUGAAAUCUCAUGGCUUCACUGGCUCCCAAGACGUCUUCAUUGAGUAUUUCGUAAACGAUCUGAUGAUCUAUGGCUCGUAUGGAAAUCUUGUGAGGGAGGCUCUUCAGUUCAAAUUGCACCCCAACUUUUACCUCCUGUUUUACGAAGAUUUGAAAGCAGACAUCCAAGCUGAGCUGCGUAAACUCAACGUCUUCCUGGGAACCGGGCUGUCGGAGCUCCAGCUGCAGAACGUGGAGCGACAAACUUGCUUCAAGAACAUGCAGAAGUUUGACCCAUACCGAGUCAUGUCUUCCGCUGUGAGCAACAUGGAUGUUGCUCAAAAAGACGGACCAUUUAUCAGGCGCGGGUUGGCGAUGGCUUGGAAAGGCGAGCUUACAGAAGAACAAGAGAAGAUGAUGAAUGAUUUCAUCAUGAAACAUUUCACGGACCAGGAAUUCAAAGCAAGAUUUCAUUGAUAUGGGGUGAUCUGUGAUGCCGACGCAGUUCAACUGUCUUCGAGCCCAUGAUGUAUCCCAGUUCCACAUAAUUCAGAAUUUUGUUUCACCAUUCUUAAACGAUUUUCUGCAACGAUUUAAAAUAGUGUUAUAGAUUGCCUGUUAUCGUAAAAUUUCAUAUCUCAGAAUUUUACUGCUCGAAUUUUGAAACUAAUUGCAGUUUUUCAACCACAGAAUUGACGUACGUUUUAAUAAAGUUGGUAAAGUAAGACGUAAAAGGAGGAUUUUCGCUAAAUAUUUCCUGAUCAUUCACUCGAUAUAUAUUGCGUGACUAAUUCGAAAUCAGGACUGGACAACAAGCAUGGUUGUAAAUUAAAGCAAGGCUUGAGAUUUCAUUCGAGUACCUGCAGCUCGCUGAUAGUUAACAAUGAAGGCUCGUCUUCACGGCUGAUGUGAAGCGGUCGCUGCGCCAAACUUCCAUGCCAGCAUCCAAUAAUUAAUCAUUUCCUAAUCACAAUAUGCCAAUGACCAAGAUACAAUCUUGUUCAGUGUGGAAUUGAUUGUAUUCAUUAUCGAAUUAAUAUGAACCUUGGUAAUGAGUAUAUUUUUACAAUGUCCUAAAUAACAGGGAUUUUUCUUGUAUUGAUUUUAUGUUCUCUUGUGUAUUUUCCAACGUUUUGUUGGAAACGCUCUUUGUUAGAAUCGUUAUGUAGCAUGACGCCUCUUAAUCUACUUAUUCGUGUCAUAGAUACGCUUCACGAGGGAAUUAAUAGUAAUCGAUAGAUAUUUAAUACUACAUUUGUUAUAUGUGGGAUUUGUUGUACAUGUUUAUCUAUUGCAUGUUUGCCUCCAUUUAUCGUGUUUUUAUUGUUUCUAGGGGCAAAUUAUAUAUUCAAUUACUAGCUCAUUAUAUAUUCUAUUACUCGCGUGAGGGAUUCUUCGACUGUUUGUGAGGGAACAGUGAAGAAUCAUCAUGCAAAGACAUAUACUGCCUCAGAUAUAUCUUGACACGAGGUGUUGAGUCAUUACAAUGGAACUAGUGCUCGGCCAUCUCCUUAAUUUCGACAGUCAGACCGACGCACACCUUUAGUACUACUGUACAUAUCUUUAAUCGGCUAGUUGGCUACUAGUCCUUUAUAGUACGGCUAGUUACCAGUCCUUUUCAAGACCUAAAACUACGAAAAGCUCAUGCUCUCACGACACGUAAACUGUUAGCUCAGCUUAAAGAAAACGGUAGUUACCAAAAUUUUUCAAUACAUAACCGUUUCUAUAUAUGGUACGUAGCCUGUCGUGACCCCUAUCAUUCAAAGGCGGGUGAGAAAUUUUAUUUUCUUAUACAGAUACUUUUCCUAUUAACCACAGAGUAGGAAGAAGUUAUAAGUGGUUGCUGAUCGUUAUAACCAUUCCCUAUAUUAAUACCUGGUACAUUUUUUAAUGUGAAGGAUGUCUCGGUAUAUCUGCUUGACAUGUUAGUUUCCAACAGUAACACAAAGUAAGCGUUUGAAAUAUUCAUGUAGGUUCUUAACAAGUAUUGCAAGAUUUCCCGAUGUAGCACCUCCACACAUUAUUCUCCUACGACGUCACACAGACGCUGGAGCAACAUUCGCUUCUCAAUAUUUAAUCGUGAAGAAUAAUUAUUAAGGGCCCUUUACAUGCGUAAAUUCAAUAGGGUUAGCGGAAAGCUAUCAUAAAAAGAAGCCAUCCCCAAUUUUUUCUAAACCACCAUCUUCCAACUCUUACGCGCCUCUUUCCUAAUGUCCAGUCUUUAACCUACACUUAAUCUAUGUGGCCUCUACCACAAAAACAUGGAAAAAUAUACUAUGAAUUUUGAAAUUGUUCAUGAUAUUUUCAGACUCUUUAAUUAUUGUCAGUAUCCUGUUGAAAUACAACCUUUUCUUAUUUCCCUUCAGCUGAUUUUGUGAGAUAUUAUGAUAGUCAUAAUAUCGCUAAGUAUACGUAACUUUCUCUAGUUACGUACAAGAAUCUCCGCAUUUCGUAAGUCGUAAAUGUUUCAGCAUUAUCAAAACUUACGCACGCAUGACUGCUCUAAAAUGGUAUAUCAUCAAAGCAAUAAGAGGCUCGCUUCAUCCUUUGUUUACAUUCGGAGUCCGAUGCCGUCGAGCUUAUGUGUUCCGUCACUUUCGCGAGUGUUUGCUAAAUUUUUAGCUGUUAUAAAAGAUUCUAGACGCUUAUAUACUUCGAAAUUUUGCUUAUAAAUGCUAUUUAUUGAUAGCGAAACACUCAAUUUAUGAUAAAUAUGACAUGAUGAACAACGAGAGUGAAAUUCUCGUCAUCGGGAAAUUCGAAAAGCAAGUUGUUUAAAUGGAAUAAGAGGUUUACAAUAUCUGGUUUACGUUGUCCACAGGCAAACUUACGGCAAAGUGGGCAAAUUUAUCAUAAAUUAAUAAAAGUUUGGGUUAUUACUCCCUGGGAAAACACUGCAGUUGACAGCUAGCAGCAUAAAUGAACUGGUAAGCUUGCAUAUACUAUAUUUUCACUUUUUUGAGUGGCAAAUAAUUUUUCU